CAAUUUGGGAGAUGGCAGAUGUACAUUUGUUGAUCGAGGGACCUCUCAAAUAUCGUGAUGGAAGAAAGUGGAAGUCACGAUGGUGCAUAAUUCGGAAACUAUCCCCAGUUGCUGAUCAACUGUUGGUGACUCUUUACAAAGAUCUUAAUGAAUACCACAAGAAUGGCAGUAAGAAAGUGACAUUGACAAUUGAAAAUGUGAAUGCUAUUGAAUCAGGAUUUAAUUAUGACAAAGAGCAGCACAUCUUAGCUAUAAUAUGUCCAGGCCAGAUCUCAAUGCUCGCUCUACCCUCACGAGAGUUGAUGAUCAAAUGGGAGAUCAAAAUAAGAGAGAAUCUGCAUGAAGAUAAACAAUUCCCAGCCAAGUUGCAACAGAGUCCCAAUAAGAGUAAAUUCCCCACAGGUCAAGUGCGUCUCCAUAUCCAAGGCCCCAGGAUCUCACUUGUGGCAUACAUCCCUCCUAAACUACUAGCCUCCUGGGACGUCACACAACUACGCAGAUUUGGACUCAUAGAUGACAAGUUCUGUUUUGAAGCAGGGUCUAGAUGUGGCAAGUAUGCUGGUGUGUUUGUAUUUAAGACAGAUCUCCAUGUAGAGAUUGAUGAAGCUUUGCGUGAAGCCAGUAGGACCAGAGUAACGACAUCAUCUCGCAGACUGCUCCUCAAGAGAAAGUCCCAUGGAAGCCUGAACAGCUUAGCCAAGUUAGUGCUACAACUUCCCGAUAAUCAGUCAUACUCGCAGCCCCAGCAGAACCCAGCAGACAGGCACAGCCAAUCAGAGCGUGCAGAUAGCAGACCGACCAGAGAUCCCAGAGACAAACGUCUAGUCAGCAUAGAGAACAUAGGCCCAGGUCGUGGCCACUCUAAUAUGGUAACAGAUGGCUCUUCACAAUCAUCUUACAGUUAUGAGUUACAAAUGGAAGACAGUUUAGAUUCUAUAUUAGACCAGAAGCGCUUAUUCUCAACACCCAAAAGACAUUCUUUAGAUGAAUAUUACUUGAUGCCUGGUGGUGUUAGUGGGCUGAGUAGUAUAUCAAGUGUGACAUCAAGUAUCUCAAGUGUGACACCGAGUAUCUCCAAUGUGCCACAUAGUGUCUCAAAUGUGACUGAUAGGAAGGACUUGCAAAUCACAGCUCAGUCACGGCCCAGACUCCAACACAGUCAAAGUCUCAUACAGUGUUGUCAAAGUUCUAGUGAAAUAGUCAACCCAUUUGUAGGGAAUAAUAAAGUAAGUGAGAAGCCAAAGUCUAGCAGUAACCAGUUUCAAGCAUCAGUUGAUAACAGACAAGCUAGACAGCAGCAAGUUGGGUAUGAACUCUCAGAGAUAACCCCAGUGAAUACAAGUGAACCAUCAGUAAAUAAUAACCAGGCUCCUCCUAGUGAGAAUGAUUUUGCUCUCCUGGAUGAGAUCCUAGAAGCAUGCUCCCAGUACGAGGCCCAGGUCUCUAAGGACGCUGAUAACAAUAACAUGAACAAUACCAAGACAUCCAGUCAGGCCCCAUUGGGCUCACCAUGUAACUCUCCCAUGAACAAGUCACAUCAGCAGUCCACCAAUGACAAUGAUACAUAUGGCAAAGAUGCUUUUAUUCAAACCACCAAUGAUAAUACUCAUAAAGAUGAUAUCUAUGCAAGUACUGCUAAAAUAAGUAAUGAAAUGGAAAAGGAUUCAGCAAUUGAUCAAGUAAACCUCAGUGAAUCUAAUUCUGUUGAUACCUCCUUGUCUAAAGGCAGUUCUUACAGUCUAAAUCUAAGCCAGUACGGUAGCAAUCUGUCAAUAAACUCUAAAAUAAAGAUGCAUGAACAGAACAAAAACAUCGCUCCAACUGGUGCUUUAAAAUAUGUGGAUCUUAGCAAAUAUGAUGGUGCAAGGCGGACAUAUAGUAGUUGGAACUCAUCAAACACCAUUUGGAACUUUCAGCCCAUACCUGGAAGUCAAAUGAGUUCUAUGAGCCUUCCUAGGCACACCCCAGCCUCUGUUGAGCCCCCAAUAUCUCCACGUAAUUUAUAUGAUGACAUCAGAGGGGCUGACAAGGUGGAAUAUGCUACAGUAGUGCAAACACAUACACUCCCAUGUAAAGGGAAAACAGCUUCAAGGAUCUCAAAGGCUAAGCUUAAGAAAUCAUUCCGUAGAUAUGUGAAUAUUCCUGAUUCGCCGAAGGAGAGCCAUAAGGGGCUAGUCCCUCCACCGAAAAGACACAGGUAUGUCAACAUCCCUGGUCCCGAUUCUCCUCUCAUCUUAGAGAAGAAACGCAAACACAAAUAUGUGAACAUCCCUAAUAUAGAAAAUGAGGACCCGUUACACCAUCGACGUAGCAGUCUUGGAUCCAUGAGCAUAUCCUCCGACUCAUCGUUUGACACAGUAACUGGGAGUGUAAAGGGAACAGCAACACUGAAGAGUCUAAUUGAAUUCAGGAAUAAUCAAGGGGACCUCAUCUCUUCAUCUGAGACGAACAGUUUGAAUGAACAAUCUAAUAGCGAGUGUUCUAGCUACAUUACCAUGGAACCCACUGCUGACCCCAAUUACAUGAUGAUGGACUCCUCAACUCUCCCACCAUCCUCUCCAAAUUACAUUGUAAUGGAGUCUUCUGAUACUCCUUGCAGCCCAAAUUAUAUCGCCAUGGAGCCCACAAAUAAUACUCCUUGCAGCCCAAAUUAUUUUGCCAUGGAGCCCACAAAUAAUUCUCCUUGCAGCCCAAAUUAUAUUGCCAUGGAGCCCACAAAUAAUACUCCUUGCAGCCCAAAUUAUUUUGCCAUGGAGCCCACAAAUAAUUCUCCUUGCAGCCCAAAUUAUAUUGCCAUGGAGCCCACAAAUAAUACUCCCUGCAGCCCAAAUUAUAUUGCCAUGGAUCCCACAAAUGAUACUCCUUGCAGCCCAAAUUAUAUCGCCAUGGAGCCCACGAACAAACAUCCUUGCAGCCCAAAUUAUAUCGCUAUGGAUCCACCAAGUAAUCAGGCUAUUAAUGCAAAUGCUAAAGAGGACAAUUACAUACCUAUGAAACCAUCAUCUCAUGAUGAUGCUCUUAUUUCUAGUCAACAAGGAGACAUGGUGGACAACUCAACCAAAGCAGAUUACAUUAUGAUGGGGAAAGAUAAUUUCCAGCAGAGACCAGUUAUGAACAAUACAUGUCUGAGUAAUACAUCCAAUGGGCCAUCCAAUGUGAAUAAUACAAGAAAUGAGCAUUCACAAGAGGCAAUAUACAACAAUCUACAUGAAUACUGUGAAGUAGAUCUAGAUAGUAGUCAAACUAAAACCAAGAAAAAUGAAUCAAAUAAGAAAUUAGCAUCAAGAAAAAGUCCCCCAACACCUCCUAGAAAUAUAAGGAGUGCCCCACCAACUCCACCAAGAAGUGCUCCACCCACUCCCCCUCGCUUGCAUAAAACAAACAGCUGUAAAAACCUACCAACAAGGACAAUGCCCCCUGCACACUCUGCUACUAAACGAGAAGGCUUAGCAAUGAACAGUUUAAACAGAGCUCUUUCAUUAAGUAUUCUGAAUAAGUCCUCAAUGGGUCAAAUAAAGGCUCGCAGUGGAUCUGUGAGUUUCCCUGUGAAAGCCUCAAAUUCCCCACUCAUUGAAAAGAAUUCUCAAGCGGCAGUUCAAAGUUUGUUUGAUUUCAGCAAAGUACUAGAUAGAGAUAUGCAAUAUAUGGAGAUGAAUGCCGUUGGUGAUGGCAAUGCAAAAUCCAGCUCAGAUGAUGACAAUGCAUCUGCAAUAUCAAAUAAAUCAAAAGCAGCUAAUGCAAGAGGAAAAUCAACAGUGGCAAGUAAGGAUGUUGAGACUCACUUGAGGGGCUUAAUGGGUCCAUAUGAACAGUCUUCAAACAUUGAUAUGGAUGAGGAAGAUGAGCCACAUUUAGAGUUAGUUACUCUUCCUCCUAAACCAGCCAAGUCUAACACACAAGGCAACAUACCUAGGAGACAGAGUGACUCGAGUUUCAGUGCAAGAUACAACCGUUCCUCACCCCCUACAUUGCCUGAACCUAGGGGUUCAAGACCUGUUGCUCAGGACAACCCUAGUCAAGAGUUUGAGCGACGUGUUAAACCUAGGCAGGCACCUUUCGACAAUUUGAUAUCUUACACCCCCAGAUCUGAACACAGGCCACCCCCUACACCACCCCGCCCCUUGCUACUGUCGGAUCUCUUGCUCAGUGCCAAGAUAGAGGAGGACAAUAGAAACAAUGAUACAAGCAGGGGAGGUGACACUACUCCAACUCAGAAAACCAAAGAUGGUGCUAGUUCAAGUUUUUUCAGUCGUCUUAUUAGAAGAAACUCAAAGAGUAGUCGUAAGGGCAGUCAGGAGAACAUUCUAGAUGGUGUGGCCUUUGACAAGAAGUCCAGACGUGCUAGUGCUCCUCAAGCAUUUAAACCUCUGUCCUUGAAAAGAGUAUCAAAAUCCAAUGAUAAUAUUGUAGAUGAAUCUGACCCAGAUAGUCCAUAUUGUACAAUGCCAAGGAAGUCUAAGUCCAACUCUCCAGUAGAGACUUAUGCCAAUAACAGUGAUGCCAGUCUCACAAGCAGUAGAGAAGAUAUCCUAAGUCCCAUUGGGGCCCGACCAGUUAAACAUUUGAAAUCUGUAUUGAGUUCACCAAACUUUUACCCUCCAAGGGAAGAGGAAAAUCGCAUGCGUUCUAGUAGUUUAAAUGAUCAGACAACAUCACUGUCCGAGUCUAUGGAUGCUGUCGCAGGAAGCUAUGCCAGACUGAGAUUUCCAGAUAAACCUGUGAAUAUGAUGAUCUCAGAGCAACCAAAUUAUAUGAUGAUGGAGUAUGGAAGUGAUUUGAGCUCCCCGUCUCCGCCUCAAAACAGACGUGGACAGUCACAUCUAGGUGAGCACCAGGUUGGUGCCAUUGUGGCUCAGACAUUGACUAUAGACAUUAACAAGCAGAGUGAUGUGGCAGCUAACAAUGAACAUGUUGUCACACAACAGGGGGAUAAGUGCAAUGAUAAAGUUAUGGUUGGUGACAUGAGGAGGCCAAUGAAAAGUUCAAAACCACCCAUCUCAAGAUCAUCAUCACUCAAUCGACCUCUGCCGCCUAUCCCCAUGUCUCCUGUACUACCAGCAGAUGAGGAAAGGGGGGAGAAGAUGUUACACCACCGCCCCCUGCCCCCACUCCCUACAGAUAUACCCUCAGAUGAUGAUGACUCUGUCGACAUGCCACCGCCAGUACCCCCAAGACCUCCUAUUAUACCAGCCAAGCCCCGACACCUCAAUAUCAAAAGUGUUGUGACCUCCACAGGAAACUCCGUGACACAGACUCUUAAGAUGACUUUGGCAUCCCCAGGUGUUCCAACUAGGCAUGAUGCACCAGAACGACCUGAUAGGCCAAAACCAUUUGUACUCCAAGCACCACCCAGACCCAGUAAGAAGUCCAAGCCCAAGUCAAGUGCGUGUGACACAAUGGCAGGAGAAGAAGACCAUAUAUGGGUGCAAGCUUCUGAGAGUUCACAUACACCAAAAACACCUCGUACACCACAAACACCUGGUCUUCAUACUCUCUCAGGUUCAAGCCAUGAUGUAGAAGAGCACACCCCUCCACCCCGCAAUGUCUACAGUCAUCACAUGGACAUGAGUGCAGAUUCUCCAGCCUCAUAUAUAAGCAACAACACUGAAGAGAAACAGAGCCUUGCCCAAACAACUUUACGACCACGUUUUGGAAAAGACUAUCAGAAAGUGGAGAGAUCUGUAUAUAAAAACAGAGGUGAAAGCCAUUCUAAAUAUUCACCUCAUUCUCCUUGUGACUCUGUGUUCAGUUUCGACCUACCCCAGCCAAGCUCUCCUUCCAGUAUGAGCUUUGUUAGUUCACUAAGUAACCAGACAACAGGGGAAUCCCCGCGAUCUCCCUGCCUACAGUACCCUCGCACAGAGCCCACUUACGUGAACAUGGCCUUCAACUCAGGUAAAGCAGAGUCUCCCAUGUCUCUGUAUAUGAACACUGACUUUAGCCCUCCCCACACCCCUAGGACACCCUCUUACAUGUCAACUAGCCCUGCAUUGUCUGAGAUUAGUAACCCACUGCUCAACUAUGCUGAGAUUGACCUGACACAGAGCUCAAGUAGCACUAAGAAAGUGAUACGUAAGCCAGCACCACGUAAUGACUCUAUAGAAUACACUCUUAUUGACUUAGUGGCAACAGCAGCUGCUACCAAGGUAGGCAAGGAGCAUGCACAAGAGAGGGAGGACACACUAAACAGCUUAAAGCAUAAAGACCGUAAGGGAUCCAGUCAGAGUCCUUCAUUACUCAGUGUUAAAGAGCGUAAGGGAUCUUCAAGCAGCUCUCUAUCUUUAAAGGAGCGCAAGGGGUCCUCAAGCUCCAGACAAAGUAACUCAAGUCGUAGUGGAUCAAAAGAUAGAAAGCCUUCAUUGUCAUUGCUUGGUUCAUCAUAAGAAGGCUCACUAAUUGAGAUACCUCAACACAUACACUAGAAACAGUCAUUCCAACAGAGAUAUGGAUAUUUGUUGACUAAAACAUUGUAGUGAUGGGAAGCUAGUACAGUCAAAUUGAAAAACAAUAUAUUGCUUUCAAUGAAAAAUGAGUAGUGAAUUUAUCUCUUAUUUAAAAGUACUUGAAAUUGAAAAAUUGAUCCUAAAUAGGUGUCUAAACAGGGAGACUUUUCAUAAAUAAAGGAUAUUCUUUGAUAUUGAAGAUCAUAUACAUGGAAAGUAUCAAGUCUUGUAUCAAAUUCAUGAGCUAUCACCCUCUCCCUGCUUCAAACCCAUUUAAGUUAGGGGGGGGGGGGUUAAUCGGAGCUUUGAUGCAAGACUGAGAUUCCUAUUCAGUUUAUAAUAUUGCUCUUAUGGGUUCAGGUCAGAUAUCACUGUGUCAUUUUUUCACAGAACAAAUUGCAUUAGUCAGAUUUCACUUUUUUGAACAAAUUACAUUAGUCAGCACAGAAUUUGAUUUAACUGUAAAAAUGUAGUUAUUUGGCCUUGUGUGAAUCCCAAGAGUGAUUUGAUAUAACAAGUGAUCACAUUGGUACUGAAUGUAGAUGCUGUACAAAUGAAUUCCUGAUAUUGUGCAUCUCCCAUCUAUCUCCCUGAAUGGGAACAAGGGAUUGUAUAGGCGUAAUCUGAAGCAAUUUUCAUGCUGAACAAAUUAAGUUAUUCUUGAGUGUUGAUAUAAUGUAUGAUAUCAGAUGUUAUGUUAUGUCAAUUAUAGACAAUGUUUUCUUAUGUUUGAUAAAAUACAUGUAUAUACAUGAAGCAGUUAAUCACUUGACUGUUACAUACUGUUUACAUUUUAUAAUUCAUUUGUUAAAGACAUUAGAUAUGUCCUUGUUUCACCAUCAUUGACCGUUGAUUAUCCAUAAUCAUAUAUGUAAUAUUGACAGCCGUUGUAUUGACACGGUUCAGUACCACGACAAAGCAAUUGUAUUGAAGAAUUAGAGAUGUCCAGCAAUUUAUUUUUUAUUCUCCACAUUGUUGAAUUGUUGGUUUCUUUUUUUGUAUAAGAAUGUUAUGUCUUAAAGUAUCUUGUUAGUAAUGAACAUUAGCUUGACAAGUUCAUGUAUGCUUUCAAUUACACAAACCAUUGGAGUCAUAUUUAGAAAAGUAAAUUAUAAUUGCAGAAUUUAGCCCACUCUUCUGUCCAAGAAAAUGUAAGUCUUUCAAACUUAGAAAAUAAGCAAUGCAAAAUACCUCAGUGCAAUACUAUAUGUGUAAAAAUAUGUUCAUGUUUGAGUGUUUCUGUAAUUUGGAUUCCCUCGGUUUAGCCUCUCGUAUUUAGCUCCUUUGACAUGUUACUUUUUGUAACUCCCUAAAUUACAAGAGGCCACAGGUUUCUGUACAUGAAAGUAAUUAUCUUAAAUAUUCAAAGGCUUAUAUUUAUUUCCAUAUAAUAUUACACUGGGGUCCCUUGAUUGCUUAUUUCUUAGGUUUGGUUGACUCAUAAAAAGUGAUUUGGACCGGAGGAUGGAAGUUAGAAAGAAUACAACUGAAACUGCAUCCAUGGCUUCUGCAAUUUCUUUCAUUUCAAGUUUCAGUUUUGGGAAAUGGAAAGUUGUAAUUAUCUUCUCCCAAGCAGUAAUCUAAUUGAUUGGUAUUCAAUACUGUGUUAUAUUGGCUAAUUCACUUUGCCUGUGUGUAAUUUCAAGUGAAUACAAGUUUCUAAAGCAGCAAUCUUAAUCUAUUUGUAUAGACAUAAUACUUUAGACUUAUGUGUUUUAUUGCUUGAAGUCCAUAUUUAUUAUUUAGUGACUACAUAGCAAGAAGUUUAUGUCAUAAUUGUUGUUUUCCUUUCAAUCAAUACAAAAUUCCAAAAUGGAGUGGGUGAUCCUGAAUAAUUCGCAAAAAUGCUCAGUUUGUCAUUAUGUGACUGAACUCAUAAUUUAAACUGCAUUAUAGUUUUUUGCCAAGAAAGCCCACCUGGGC